GAUGUACGAACUUCCGGUUGUCCCGGCAGGCCGCUCCCGCCGCCGCCGCCGAAGCAGCCCGGCGCAGUCUCAGCCACCAGCUCUCCGCCGGAGACUCCGCUCUGCGGCUCCGGCGCGCCCAUGGUCGGCGCUGCGGACCGGGAGGCCGGCCCGGCGGCUGCGGCGUGCUGAGAGGCCGGCGUGGAGACCAUGCUGACCCCGCGCGGCUGCUCCGGGCCUCGCCGCUUCCUAGCUCCGGCCUUCGUGCUGCUGUUGCUGCCCGCGCUGAGCGGGUCCGGGGUGGUACCGUCGACGGCGGUCAGGGAGGCGCCGGAGGCCAAGCCUCUCAAGCCCGUGCCGCGCACGCUUUCGCCGCUGCCUCCCGGCCCCACCGCGGCCCAGCCGCGGGGCCAAGCUCAGGCUGAAGCCGCCGGGCCUCCAGGCGCGGAGAGCCGCAAUGGCAGCGUCCCCGGGGCGGGGUCUGAGGCGGACGGCCUGGAUGGGAAAGCCGGAGAAGGCUCCCUGGGUGGCAGCCUGGCCGUGAGUCGCAAUCCUAGCGACAAGCCCAUGACCCAGCGGGCCCUGACCGUGUUGGUGGUGGUGAGCGCCGCGGUGCUGGUGUACUUCGUGGUCAGGACCGUCAGGAUGAGAAGAAGAAACCGCAAAACUAGGAGAUAUGGUGUUUUGGACACGAACAUAGAGAACAUGGAAUUGACGCCUUUAGAACAAGAUGAUGAGGAUGAUGACAACACACUGUUUGAUGCCAAUCAUCCUAGAAGAUGAGUAUGUGCCUUUAAUGAGAAGACUUCAUAUUUCUACUGAAGAAUAGAGUUUCUAUGUCUAAGGAAUAAGAAGCCACUCUAUCAAGGGGAGGGGAAUUUAAGUUACAUACAUUAUGUCAACCUUUAAUUUGUUGUUAAUAAAUAUUGCAUCAUUUUGUUACAAGUUUGUAAAUUGGAACUGCUGUAUUUAUUAGUGGGCUCCAUGUUGUUAGGGACAGACUGUAUUGUGCUGGAGUUCCUGUUUGAAAGUUAUUUUAAAUGUUCUCUGCAAAACUUUGCCCCUCCUUUUACCGUACUCGUGUAACUUGGUUUUCUUUAUUAAUCAGUUGUCGCUGUUUUCUUUUUUGUCAGUGUCAUAAUUUAAAGAACUAUAAGCCACAACUAACUGCUAUGAAUUAAUCAAUUCUACUAAACUUUUUCCCAUUUUUGUGGGGGAAAAGCCAAAUCUAUUAUGUUGUUUUUGAGUUUGUAAAUAGUAAGAAUUGUCUGUGCUAAAGUAUGAAAAAGAAUAAAUAUGAUUUAAAACUAUUUAAGUGGUACAGACAGAAUGUGUUUACAAAAUAAAUACUGCAUAAUUAUA